AUGCUGAUCAACCUAUGCCUGCGUCUAACAUCUCGCGCAAGGAGCCCUCCUUCCCAUGUUACUCGCCUCCUCAGCAGAAGCAUCCAGCAUGCAGCCGCAGAAGUCAGUAGCAAAGAGGCUGGCCCUGCCGUGGCCAUCAUCGGGUCCGGCCCCGCGGGCUUCUAUACUGCCCAGAAGGUGAUGCGGAAGAUCGCAGGGGCACGCAUCGACAUGUACGAGCAGCUGCCCGUGCCGUUCGGCCUGGUCAGGUUCGGUGUAGCUCCAGACCACCCAGAGGUGAAGAACGUCCAAGACACCUUCCAAGACGUCGCCGCUUCCCCUAAUUUUACCUUUAUCGGAAACGUCAAUCUGGGCCACGAUCUCCCCCUUCCCCUGCUAGGCAAGCAUUACGAUGCGAUAGUCUUUGCAUACGGCGCCUCAAAGGACCGGAAGAUCGGGUUAGACGGCGAAGACAAACCUCACAUCUACUCAGCCCGCGCAUUUGUGGGAUGGUACAACGGCCUGCCCGAAUACCGCAAUCUGGACCCUGACCUGCAGGCCGGGGAGACUGCGGUCGUCGUCGGCCAGGGAAAUGUGGCACUGGAUGUUGCUCGGACACUGCUGAGCAAGAUUGACGUUCUGCGCAAGACAGACAUCACGGAAUACGCAUUAGAAGCUUUGGCUGCGAGCAAGAUCAGACACGUUCACGUGGUGGGACGGCGCGGUCCCAUGCAGGCCGCAUUCACCAUCAAAGAAGUGCGAGAACUCCUCCACCUUGAGGACGUCAAUUUCACGCCAAUCCCAGAGGCCUUGUUUCCGCCUGACCUGUCAAAACUCCCCCGCCCGAAGAGGCGACUGAUGGAACUUCUGCAGAAGGGAAGCCCUGCCAAGGAGAAUGCCGCCAAGUCCUGGUCGCUUGAGUUUUUGUUGGCGCCGAAGGCUUUGCAAUGGUCGCCCACGGACCCAAGCAAACUCGAAGGCGUGACGUUUGCAAGGACAAGGCUUGAAAACGUGGCGGAUCCGGAGUCGAAGGUCUCCAGCACAGACGAGACUCAGCUCAUUCCAGCGUCGACCCUAUUCCGAUCGAUAGGCUACAAAGCAGAAGCAAUACCCGGCAUGGCCGACCUUGGCACGGACUUUAACGAACGAACAGGCACCAUCCGACAUGAUGGAUGCGGCCGGAUCGUCCCCUUGCAAGAGACUGACACCCAGGGUCUCAAAGCCAGUCUCUACUGCUCCGGCUGGGUGAAGCGCGGUCCCACGGGCGUUAUUGCAAGCACCAUGACCGACGCAUUUCAGACGGCCGACGCCAUUGUCGAGGACUGGAGAAAAAAGACCGCCCAGAACGUGUCGAGUUCAGGUUCGUCAUUGUCUCAAGCCGGGUGGAAAGGCGUCCAAGCCGAUGCCGAGAUCCUCAAGCUCCCUCUCCGACCUGUGCACUGGGACGACUGGGAAAAUAUCGACCAAUUGGAGAAGAAGAUUGGCACAGAAAAGGGCAAGCCCAGGGAGAAGUUCGGCAGCGUAAAGGAGAUGCUGGAAGCCAGCGGGAAAUGA